UCCAAGACUGGAGCCGCAUGGCUGUCUUGGUUGAGCUUGAGGCUGCAGGCCAUUUCUGGAAUUGAGCCCUUCGGCUCUAGUUCCCUCUUCGGGACUCUGCAACUGGUGCGCCAAGUUGUUUGGCGCAAGGCCGGCAUGUUCAACUGGCCACAUCGCGGCGUGGCGGCUGCGGCGACGGAAGCGGCCUUAGUGGGCGGCGUCACAGCUGCCGUGGUGGCCCGCGCUUCGGCCUCGCACGCCUCGCGGGCGCGGAUGCCACUGCCGGUGCAACAGGUGGUGGUUUUGCCCUACCAAGCUGGGCAAGGAGUCGGGAUGAUGCCUCCAAUGAUUCCUCGUCCAGCAGUUCUGGCACAAACUGCUCCCAUCGCGAGGGCCAGUGCAGAUGCCAAUUUGCAGCCCUUGGGUGUCUGUGGUGUGCAGCUUCCAGCUGCUCUCUUAGAGGAGCGUGCUUCGGUGAGGUUUUUUGCCAUCGACGUGACCUCUGAGGAGGGCCGCUCGUGGCGCGUCAUGCGACGCUUCAACGACUUCUGGCAGCUCAAGGAGCAGCUGGGCCCCAGCGCGCGGAAGCUGCCGGGGGCGCCCUUUCCCAGGAAGCUCCUUUUUGCCUGCAGUGGCGACAAGUUGGAACAGCGACGCGGGCAGUUGGAACUCUGGUUGGGCUCGGUAAUUCAGCAACCACGUGCCGAUUGGAUUGGAGUGUUGCGAGUCUUCCUCCAGACGGGUCGACAGAUGAUCGACCUUCCGACCCCGCCACAGCAUCCGGUAGCGUUUCCGCAACAAAUUCCUCCAUUUCAGUUGAUAUCCUGAAAACAGCGACUCCUCCAUUUUCUUGGAUGAUUUUUGUUGCUAUGGAUGCAUCUGAAACAUGUAUAUAUUAUAUAUAUAUAGAUGUAUCCAUGUGUAUCCCACGAAUAGCAAUCCUCAUGGGACAAUGAUAAUCAUCCUUUUUUGUUUCUUUUCUCUGGAGUUUUCAGCGCUUGAGGCAGCCCAGGAUUGGCGUGUGGAGAUUGAGGUGCCGUCGCACGUCAGCACAGGCCAACUGCUGGCUGUGUCACUCCCUGAUGGGCGCUCCCUGAACUUCACCGUGCCCAAGGGAGUCAGCGGUUCCAAGAUCGAACUGAAGUAUGACCCCAGCCAGAAGACGCUGGAGCUUGCUUGAUCAACGCUGAUGGUGUGGUGAGGCACCAUAGGACCAGGGCUGCCAGGGCCGGACGCCUGCAGGGUGGCACUAAGACUGUCACGACUCGCAGCAGGUGAGAAAAA